AUGUCUUCCAAGUCCUUCAAGGUCAUUAUCGCCGGUGGCAGCAUUGCGGGGCUAUCCCUGGCCCUAAUGCUAGAGAAGAAUGGCAUCGACUUCCUAGUUCUCGAGGCUUACCCGAGCAUCGCACCCCAAGUCGGUGCAAGUAUUGGUCUCUUGCCGAACGGUCUACGCAUCCUUGACCAACUAGGAUGUUAUGAGUCGGUCAUGGAGAUGGCCGAAUACCCAGUGGAUAAAGUCUGUUUCCGCGAUUCUCGUGGAAAGCUCAUUCGCAGUUUAGAGAACUUUAACCAGCUUAUGACUGGACGUCAUGGCUACCCCAUUGUCUUCUUUGAGCGUCGGAUGUUGAUUCAGAUUCUCUAUGACAAGAUCCAAGACAAGUCGAAGGUACUCACAUCACAGAGGGUCCAGACUGUCCAUACAAGCCAAUCUCACGUUACGGUCACCACCAAAGAUGGGAAAUCCUAUAAGGGGGAUAUUAUCGUCGGAGCAGAUGGAAUCCAUUCGACGGUACGGAGACAGAUGUGGGAAGAAGCUAGGAAAAUGAACCCUUCCUGGAUAGAUCCAUCUGAAGAGAAUGCACUCCCAGCGACAUAUGCAUGCAUAUUUGGCAUUUCAGAAGGCGUUCGUGGUAUCGAGAAGGGAACUCUUAGUUCUGUGUUUAAUGAGAAGUUCUCGUACCUCAUCCCCAGUGGGCCUGGAGAGAAAACGUAUUGGUUUCUGGUGAGAAACAUAGGGGAAACAAUGUAUGGACCAGAUAUUCCUCGCUUCACCAAACAAGAAGAGGAGACCUUGGUGAAGGAACAUUGGGACGAUCAAAUCACUCCAACAGUACGAUUUUCGGAUCUUUACAAGAACAAGACCAGCUCGGUGUACACCAGUCUACCGGAGUACGUCUAUAAAAGAUGGUAUUUUCAGAGAAUCAUGACCAUUGGUGAUUCGUGCCAUAAGUUUGAGCCCCUGACGGGACAAGGAGGAAAUUCGGCAAUUGAAACUGCCGCCGCUCUCACGAACCACCUCAUGUCUGCUCUGAGAAGCAAUUUUUGUCAAUCACUAUCAACUGUAGACAUCUCAUCUGUUUUUGAGAAAGUCCAACGUCAAAGGGAAGAACGUACGUGGAGCUUAGUCAGAGCUGCCCAUGCUCGACAGCGCCUGGAGUGCCUGGAAACCCCGCUGUUGAAGCUGAUUGCAAGAUUUGUCACUCCAUACUAUCCUCUUCAACUCUUAAAGGAACACUGGAUCGCGACAUACUCUGCGGCUGUGUCAUUGGACAUGAUUGCUAUACCAAGGAGGCCACGAGAGAUCCCUUUUUAUGACGAGUUGUUCAGGGUUCCAGCAACCCGGGGAAUCGCUGGCCUUCUGCUAUACGUAGGAUAUCUCCUCAUUGCCUUUGUCGCCUUCCGAUUGCUAUUCGUUGCCACCGCGGCUAAUGGGACAUGGGCACUAUCGUCCUAG